AUGGACCACUCGCGCGAUCCCUGCCCUUGGGUUGCCCUGAGCGACUUCGGCGGUGCCUUCGCCAUGGGCGCCGUCGGUGGUGCUGUUUGGCACGGCGUGAAGGGUUUCCGCAACAGCCCCUACGGUGAGCGCCGGAUAGGUGCUCUCACCGCGAUCAAGGCUCGUGCCCCGGUGCUCGGCGGAAAUUUCGGUGUGUGGGGUGGACUGUUCAGUGUCUUCGACUGCUCGAUUAAGGGCAUCCGCAAGACCGAGGACCCCUACAACUCAAUCAUUGCCGGCUUCUUCACUGGUGGAUCCCUUGCCAUCCGUGGAGGCUUCAAGGCCGCCCGGAACUCCGCUAUCAUGUGUGCCGUCUUCCUCGGUGUAAUUGAGGGUGUCGGUAUUGGUUUCCAGCGCAUGAUGGCUGACAACACCAAGCUCGAGCUCCCUCCUCUACCUGCUUCCGAACAAAAAGCUAUUGCUUAA